AUCAGCGGCUAUAUGAGGAGUCAACUAGCCCAUAUUCCUAAAACAGUCUGGUCGAUGAAGAAAAAGGUGGUGAACAACACCAGCUAUAUGUAUCACGGGAGAUAAACGUCAUCUGUGGACACUGGAGUCCUGGACAACAGGAUUCGUGGGUGUGCUGAAGUCUGACUACCCUAAUUUCGUCUGUGCCCAUCCCAUUCUUCGGCUCGACUUGGGAUUCCACCCUGCCAGAGAGUCUACAAUAUUCUUCAUCUCAUACACUAUCACAGGAGUUUCAACAUGCCUCGUUCAUUUCUUGUAAAAAAAUAUUUCACGAACAAGAAGCCAAAUUACAGCGAACUGGAGAGUCAAGCUGCAGUGAUUCCGGAGCGCUAUCCCAUUGCUGAACUUCCAACCAGGGACGACUGCUCUGCCAUGACCUGCUUCUCCAAUGGAAUGGUCUUCAACAUAGACGCCCUACCUUCACCCGUCUCCCCCAUCAGCCCUGUCUCCCCCACCCUGUCCUCCUCCCCCCUGGGGACCCUGGAGCUCAGCAGCUCCCCUCCCAGCAGCAGCGGGGAGGAGGAGGAGGACGAGGGUGGCCGCACCUCAGACCCCCCCAGCCCCGAAGCCCCUCGUCUCAUCCACCACUGCCUUCACUGCAGCAAGAGCUUCAACAACGCGUCAGCCCUGUCCAGACACCAGCUGUCUCACCGCCCCCGCGCCGCCAGCCGGGUCCAGACUCUCUCCGCCGCCCUCCCCGGCCCCGCUUCCCCCCGCCCGGCCUUCCACUGCAAACACUGCCCCAAGGAGUACACCAGCCUGGGGGCCCUGAAGAUGCACAUCCGCUCUCACACCCUGCCCUGUGUGUGCACCACGUGUGGGAAGGCCUUCUCCAGACCCUGGCUGCUCCGAGGACACAUACGCACACACACUGGCGAGCGUCCGUUCUCCUGCCACCACUGUGACCGGGCGUUCGCCGACCGCUCCAACCUCCGCGCCCACCUGCAGACCCACUCGGAGGUGAAGAAGUACCAGUGUGGCUCCUGCUCUCGGACCUUCAGCCGCAUGUCUCUGCUGCACAAGCACAACGCCUCUGGAUGCUGCCCUGCCUCGUAGCGCCGGCGCUGAGCUCACCGGGGCUAGGACCCUGAGGUCGGGGUGGGGGGGUCAGGUACCUCUGUUAGGGUCCAGCAUCCCGUUUGGCAGCCCCCCCCCCCCUGCCCCAGAGAGGCCCUGGGGUGAAUGUCUAUGCAUAUGUUUCUGUAAUGUGCACUUGAUGACAAUGGCCCACCCAAAAGUUGUUAGUAGGGGCCUGCUCUUGACGCAGUCAACCUCGGCGGCUUUGCUGCUGCACUGUUACAAACAGGAAUGUGUGUCUAAUCGAGUUCUUAUCGACUCCUAAAGUGCCUUCCAUUUUUUUUUAUACUGUUUUCAUGCAAAACCCAUAGCCAUGUUUUUUAUGUUUCAUACUACAUAUUUCUGUGUGUAAGUGUAACACAGGGUGUGUGUGGUGUAGGGUGUGUGUGGGGCAGCUGGACAUGGAGUUAAUUCCCAGGAAACCCCUUGGUGCCGGCCGGUCCGGGACUGCGGCCAUGUUGCAGCUGCUGGUGUGUGUGUGUGUGUGUGUGUCGUGGAUGUCGUCUCUCACCAUACUCCAAAUACACUGCAUGCAUGCAUUGGAACAGCCUUGUGAGUGUUGGGACAGCUGCCUGCAUGGUGCACUGUGGAGGCAGGGUGUUGAGAGAUGGUAGCUCUGACCACGACAGGUGACCUAGUCCUCCUCUUCUCACCCUCCCCUCCCCUCUUCACCCCUCACCUCCUCACCCUUCAGCUCCUCACCUCUCGACCCCCCUCGUUUCUUCACCCUCUCACCAAAGUGCUUUCUCUCCAACUCCAAACACAUUGGUCCUAAACCUGACACUACACCCGGGAAUUCAGUGAAAAACUGAUCAUUUUGGACCAAAGACCCUUUCCCAAGUGAACAUAUUUUGAUAUGAUCCUCUUGAAAAAAGGGAUUUGUGCUUUCAUGUCCUACAUUUCAAGAUAUUUUUUUAUAGAAAAGACACAUGACAUUUGAACCAAUUAUUUUUAUAGUAGAGUUUAAGUGUAUCUUCUAGCAAAUGGCCCAGAAAUGAGUGUAUGUUUUUAUAUGAACCCCCAAAAGCCAAAUAUGUGCCUUUUGAACUGUAUUACUAUGUGUAAAUAAAAGCUUUGUCUUAGAAUGCA